AAAUUAUUCUCAUUACACCAGUGGGGAAACAUAUGAUCUUCUUGUUUGGGAUAUUGAUAAGCUUUGUUAUUGGGAUAUUGUAAACAAGCUUGGAGAAUUAGGUUAUGGGUCAUUCAAGUCACUAUAUUACAGAAUUUUUAAUUUGUCCUUGGCUGAGUCUAUGGUACAUGGGUUUCAUUCUUUAAAUGGUGAUGCUGAAAUAAUUGAGGUAGCUAAAAUAUUAAUCCAAUCAACUGUGUGCCAUGUUUUUGUCGAGCAUUAUCUUGCUGCUACUGAUGGAGACUUGGUUGUUAGAAAUGCCAAGCUUUCUUGUAGAGAUGGUGCUGGAAAUACAAUGCUAGAUGAUAAUGCAUUAGGUAGUGAUGCUGAUGAUGAAGAAUUGUUGGUUAGGAUUAGUAAACAUGUUGUGAUGAUGGGUGUAAAUGAGGGUCCUAGCAAUUUGCAUGUAAUACAAAGAAAAGAUAAAAGGAAGCAAAAGGUGGUGAAGGAAAAUCAUAAAGCAAAGAACAAAGUUGUAGGAUCAACAUCUACUUCUAAAGGCAUUAGAAUCAGUGAACUUAAUAGUGUUGAUGAAAAUGGCCUUCAACUAGUUGACAACUUAGACUUUGAAGAUGAUGAGGCCAAUAGUUCAUGUAAUAGCAAUACCUAUAUUGACAGUUCAAACCCUAAUAGCUUCUACAGUGAUAGCUCCAUCGAAGACCCUAAUGCCAAGGAUGAUGCUUUAAGGAGACCAUCUAAUAGCUUGCAUUAUGACCCAAACUCUGAUUCUCCACAUUUUGAGGUUGGAAUGGUGUUUGCAAAUGUAGUGCAAUUUAAGGCAACCAUUGCUAAGUACUCAAUUAAGAAGGGAUGCAAAUUGCACUGGAAAAAGAAUGAGCCAGGGAGUAUGCAACUUGCUGAACAUGUGAAAGCAGAAUUGAAGGUAGAGGUUUCAAAGUAUAAAUGUCAAAGAGCUAAAAGAUUUAUUAAGAAUGAGUUAAUAGGUUGUUACAUCGAGCAAUACAAGCUUCUUAGAGGUUAUGGAGAACAUAUGCUAGUUACUAAUCCUGGCUCCACAUGUGUUAUUGGAACAGACACUGAUGGCUCAACAUUGUACCAAUUUAAAAGGAUGUACAUGUGUUUUGAUGGAUAAGCAAGGUAUAAAGCCAUUAUUAGUUCAGUUGACACUAUGAGGAAACAAUUGAUGGAAAGGAUUGCUGAGAAGAUGUCAUCCUCUCAUAAAUGGAAAGGGGACAUUGCUCCAAGGGUGAAGACAAAGUUAGGGAAGAAUAAGAAUAAAUCCUCUGAAUGCAAAUUGCUUCAGGAUGGAACCUCUGGAUUUGAAGUUAAACAUAAGAAUGAUAGACAUGCUGUAGAUCUACAAAAGAGAACUUGUACAUGUAGAGCAUGGCAACUGAACGGAAUUCCUUGCCCACAUGUUAUUUGCUGCAUGUUUCAUGAGAAUCUAGAUCUUGAAGAUUUUGUGGUUGACUGGUAUAGGAUGGGUAAAUAUCAACAAUCAUAUAAUUUUCCUAUUAAGGCCAUGUGUGGUGAUAAAUCUUGGCAAAAAUUCCAUCGAGAUCCUAUUAAUCCUCCUCCAAUUACAACUAGGCUUGGAAGGCCUAAGAAAAAUAGGAGAAAAGCAAAAGAUGAGCCAAAAAAACUGUCCAAGUCUAAAAUGUCCAAGAGAGGAAGGAUUAUGACUUGCUCCUAUUGUAAACAAGAAGGACAUAACAAAUCAGGAUGCUCGUUUGUAACUAAUAAUGAGGGUAGGGAACAAACGAGAAGGAAUGAUGUGGGACCAACAGCUGUAACCUUGAACAUCUCACAAUCAUCUGUGGUUAAUUCAAUUAACAAUACCCCUAUAACAGAUGUUGCUGCUUUAAAUCUACCAUUACCAACACCAACAACACAAUCAUUUCAAACCAAAAACAAAGGUAAGGCCAAGGUCGCUACUAUUGGAAAGCAAAAAGGAAAGAAAAAGGAAAAAGGGUUUGGCAUUUUCAGAAAUGAUGUUACUGGUGAAAUUAUAUUGGAUCUUGGAAUGCCUACUAAGUGGAGAAUUAGAGAGGAUACAAGUGCAGCUGCAAUUGUCCCAAGGGUUUCUCAUGAAGUAGUUAACUCAACACUAGUUUCUACUAAUGCAAUUCCAGCAACAACUUCAGGUGUAGCCCAGUUUAGAGACUCAAGAAACAUUUUUGUUGUUCCUCCUUUUCAAGAGAGGACAUGAGUCUAAGCAAGGAAGACAACUUUUGGACUGCCUUUUAAGUAGAAACUUACUAUAAUUAUCAAUGUUAUGUAUAUUUUUUGGUUACCAAAGCAGUAGACUUUGGAUUUAAGUCACUGUAGAUGUUGGGUCAAAACUUGUAUUUUUUUGGUUGCCAAAGCAAUAGACUUUGGAAUUCAAUUACUGUAGAUGCUGGCUGGAAACUUGUAUUUUUUUGGUUGCCAAAGCAGUAGACUUUGGAAUUAAGUCACUAUAGUAACUCUAGAUGUUGGUUGGAAACAUGUAUUCUUUUGGUUACCAAAGCAGUAGACUUUGGAAUUAAGUCAUUGUAGUAACUGUAGAUGCUAGCUGAAAACUUGUAUUUUUUUUGUUACCGAAUUAGUAGACUUUGGAAUUAAGUCACUGUAGAUGCUGGCUUAGAAUUUGUAUGUUUUUUUGGGUACUAAUCAAGUACACUUUGGAAC